AAUGUGGAUUUUAGCAAUAUGGAUUCUUCAUUAUUCCUGGUCACGAAACCUAUAAAUAUCAAUCCCAAAAGUCAUCAUCCCUUUGAGAAUUGAGAGUGAAUAGAAAAUGGAAGAGAUGAUGAACAAGUUUUUCGAGUCCGUGGGUUCGUUCUUCGGCGGAGGAGAUCAGAUCCCGUGGUGCGAUCGAGACGUCAUCCUCGGUUGUGAGAGAGAAGUCGCAGAGGCGAACAAAGGUGACUCAGAGGAGCACAAGAGCGAAAGCAUAAUGAGGUUAUCAUGGGCUCUUGUUCACUCAAGGCAACCUGAAGAUGUGCAGCGUGGAAUAGCCAUGCUUGAAGCUUCAUUGGCCAACACUAACUCCCCUUUGCAUCAAAGGGAGAAGCUUUACCUUCUGGCCCUCGGAUGCUACAGAACUGAUGACUAUUCAAAAAGCCGUAAUCUUCUCGACCAAUGCUUAGAGAUUGCACCUGAUUGGAGGCAGGCUCUGUCCCUUAAGAAGAUAGUUGAGGAUCAAAUUGCUAAAGAUGGCUUUAUUGGAAUAGGCCUCACUGCUAGUGCUAUUGGACUUAUAGCAGGUGGGAUUGUUGCUGCCUUGGUUCGCAGGUGAGAACCCCAGCCAACAAUGUUCAUAAAGACUCUUGCUACCAUAUUCCAAUUCCGAAGCAUUUCCUGACAGAAAAGGAUUCAAAUAAUCAGACCAACAAACUUUGCGGCUUCGCGUUUUUUAUUUUCUGGAGCAAGGUUUUAUAUAUGUUUAUUUUAUGAUAUUCUUUGUGCAUAUAGAAGUUUUUCAGCUUAUAAUACCAAUAUUUUGAUUCAUUUGGCAUUUUUGGCUCAUAUGUACCUCACCUAGAGCAUGGGAAAAUUGGCUUGUUCUGUA